GCGCACCUUGCUAGCCGUGCGGCCCCGAAGCGGCGUCGUUUAGGCGGAGGGCUCGGAGCAGCUGAAGAGGCCGAGGCGGAGCUGGCUGCGGAGAUCUGCCGUCGUCUGACUCGCAGUGGAUGUUUGGCUUCUUGGAGGUUUUAAGGCGUUUUUAGGCCGCUGGAGCUCGGCCGGUGCUUCUGAACUUGCCUCAGAACUUUAGCCGCGGCCGUUGCUAAGCGAAUAGCCGUGCUAAGUUAGCGAGCUAACCACUAGCCGACUGUCGGUGUCCCGGCUCGGCCUCUCUGACUUCUGUUCUCAUGCCCUGCCGGCCGGAGGGAAGAUGGUGUCUUGGAUUAUAUCGAGGAGCGUGGUGCUGGUCUUUGGAACCCUCUACCCAGCAUACUACUCCUACAAAGCAGUGAAAACCAAAAAUGUCAAAGAAUAUGUCCGCUGGAUGAUGUACUGGAUCGUGUUUGCACUCUACACUGUGGUGGAGACAGUCACAGACCUCACCAUAGCCUGGUUUCCACUCUAUUAUGAAAUAAAGAUUGCCUUUGUGAUCUGGCUCCUGUCACCGUACACCAGAGGAGCCAGUGUUAUCUACAGAAAGAUCCUACAUCCUCUUCUGACUUCAAAAGAAAGGGAAAUUGAUGACUACAUUGUUCAAGCUAAAGAGCGCAGCUACGAGACCAUGCUGAACUUUGGCAAGCAGGGCCUAAGUAUAGCAGCUACUGCAGCUGUCACUGCAGCUGUCAAGGGGCAGGGUGCCAUCACAGAGAAGCUGAGGAGCUUCAGCAUGGCUGACCUGACCCAGAUCCCACAGGAUGAGGCUGGUGGCCAGCUGUACCCAGCCUAUUACAGCUCCAACCCAGCCAGGAGAGGCGCAGGCACCACCCAUCCUGACGGAGCCGAGUACUACCAGUAUGAGCCGGAAGAGCGGACGGACGACGAAGGCGAGGCUGUAUUCUCUGAAGAUGAAGCUGUGACGCAGCGUGGUCUCAGACGGUCUCAGAGCGUCAAAGUGUCUCGCUCCAAACUACGCAAAGACGCCCGUUAUGGAUCUCUGAAAAUCAAAGGGAGGAGGAGGCCAGCACUGAGCAACAUGACGUAUACCAGCACUGAAAACUGACCAGUGACUACUGACCCAGAAGAGCUUUAUCUACAGAAACCUAAUGAGUGUUAAUAUUCACCUCUUCUCUUAAUGGCUGUGGGUUUCAUUCUCAUGCUGAAAAUCCAGUAUGUUUUUUAAUGCAGCAUAAACACAAAUAUUUAUUUCUGAAUAUUGAGUGUAAUCAGAUGCAGGUGUGAACAUCGUGGUCAUAUAUGUGAUGUGGAAUUUCAGGGGCUUUUCUACUCGUAGGUUUUUUAUCGCAUGAAAUGACCUUUUAUGAAUUUGACAUUCAGUCUGGACUUUUAGUAUUUUUACUAUUUUACUCAGUGCGUAAAGCUAGAAGUGCAUUUCCUUUGGACGUGGGUUUUAUACUGUGUUGUUUGUGUCUGUUGUGCUGCCUUGUUAUUGUUAUUACCUAUUUCAAAUUAGAUUUUUCCAGUUGCUAAUUAUCUUAUGCAAAAAUCUUGAUGAUACUGACUCUUGAAUAUAAUCAGACCAAAAGUGCCCCUUACCAUUAAAGGAAAGUAGUACUAAAGGGAGUGAAGGGGCGUCAUGCUAAAUAUUUGCAGAAGGUCCUGUUCUGCUCUUGCUGAUGGUACCUUUUUGCACAUUUAGAUGUUUUGUCAUCUCGAUGCAGAAUGUACAGAACACUGAUCUCAGAGGAACCCCACGUGUUCUCUUCAUAUACCAAAGUGUUCCAAUCUACUACAUCUGGCGCUGGAAGUGUGGAAAUGCUUGGCUCAAUGUUUAGUCUUUAAUUAAUGUGCUGGUAUGAUUGAAUAAACUUCAGAGUUUGCGGUCAAA